GUUUGGGUUGCUGGAAAACUUGAUAUCCAUAAUCAGUGGAUUGGAAUAUGCUUGCCUUUUAGCAUGGACAGGUUGAAUCAGUUGCCGCAGCUGUAUGGACAUCACAAUGAGUUUCAGCAUGAGUAUAGGAGUUGGGACCGUGCAACUGCUGAGAAGUUAGACUUGGGAGUUUAUGAUGACGUCCAUUGUGACGUCCAAGUGAUGGAUACAACUUGGGCAGCCUGCAACUGUCAAGGUUGCUGCAAACCUUGUCAGAUUACUAUGUACAAUAACAAGAAGUUGGAUGACUUAUUUGCCUUAGAAGAAGAAGAAGAAGAAGAACACAGCGGUCCGUCCGAUCACUUUCAUAUGCAAGUCUCCGCCUAUCUUGCACCCUGCCAGCACUUCAACCACGAGCCUGCCCAACUUUCAAAUCCUAACGUGUGUGAGCGAGAGAGACCACCGAGAAAUGUGCCAGAGGGGGAAAGAGUGCUGGAGAAAUUGUCGGCAGUAUGUCUUAUAUUAGACUAA